AUGGCUUCAGGGAACUUCCCCCUCCUCCCGCUCCGUACCCGCACUCGCGGCCCCGCAUAUGUCCUCCCCGCGCUGCCUCCCGGCUCGUCGGACGUCGAUAUCGACCCCAACAGCGAGUCGUACGACUGCGUGGACGAGAUCCUGUCCCUGUUCCGCGCCAAUGUGCUGUUUCGCAACUUCGAGAUCAAGGGUCCCGCGGACCGCAUGCUGAUCUACGGCAUCCUCUUCGUCAGCGAAUGUCUCGGCAAGGUAAAGCCAGGAAUGACAGCGCGAGAGGCUGAGAAGGUAGCAUCCUCCUCCCUAUAUGAGGCGCGUUUGGCGGCCCUGAUCAACGUCGCGCUCGAUCAAUUCGCCAUCCCCGGUGAUGUCUCUUUCCCCUUGAACCAGGCCUUUGAGCCUCCACACAAUCGACAAGAUGCAGAGACUCUCAGACAGUAUCUCUCCCAAGUCAGACAGGAAAUAGCUAUCCGAUUGCAUGCGAGACUAUACCCUGGUGGUGUAGGACCGUCUAAGUUUGCUCUCUUUCAUGUCGCUUGGACUUAUGACUUAUCGUACAGAAAACCUAGAGCAAAAUGGACGACUAACCAAGUCAACCAAUGA